CGCGCACACACAUCCACGCGCGGAGGAGAAGGAAGCGACAGGGGCUACAGCACGGACCCAAUCACCGUCACCGAGGAGCGGAGAGCGCGCUGGAAUUACGCCCGGUCUAGUCUAGGCAACGUGCUCGUGAAGAAGUCCAUUUAAAGCAAACAUGCAGUGAAUGGACAAAUAGUAAGAGAAAAGUAACGGGAAAUUGUCUAAAAGAGAGAAAAAAAAACGCUUCGUACAAGUUGUCUUUCUAAAUAACCAAUCGACAUGAACACGAACGAUGCCAAGGAGUAUCUGGCGAGACGCGAGAUUCCACAACUGUUUGAGAGCCUUUUGACGGGGCUGAUGUUCUACCGGCCGGAGGACCCCAUUGAGUACCUGGAGUCAUGCCUGAAAAAAGUGCGAGAGCUCGGGGGCACGGAGAAGGUGCGCUGGGACACAUUUGUGGGUCAGGAGAAGAAGUCCCUUCCCCCUCUCAACGGAGGGCAGUCCAGGAGGUCGCUUUUCAGAAACGUGAUGCCGGAAAGCCCAAACUUCCCAUACAGACGCUAUGACAGACUGCCUCCCAUAAACCAGUUCUCCAUUGAGAGCGACUCCGACCUGUCCGAAACUGCAGAACUCAUCGAGGAGUAUGAGGUGUUCGACCCUUCCCGUCCACGGCCCAAAGUCAUCCUCGUCAUCGGUGGUCCGGGCAGUGGUAAAGGCACCCAGAGUCUGAAGAUUGCUGAGCGAUAUGGUUUCCAGUAUGUGUCUGUGGGAGAACUGCUUCGAAAGAAGAUGAUCCACAAUGCCACUAGCAACCGCAAGUGGAGCCUCAUCGCCAAGAUCAUCACCAACGGAGAACUGGCCCCGCAGGAAACCACCAUCACAGAGAUAAAGCAGAAGAUCAUGAAGAUCCCAGAGGCCAGUGGGAUCGUGAUUGACGGAUUUCCUCGAGACGUGGGGCAGGCUCUGUCCUUCGAAGACCAGAUCUGUACUCCAGACCUUGUGGUGUUCUUGGCCUGCACUAAUCACCAUCUGAAGGAGAGGCUGCAGAAGAGGGCGGAGCAACAGGGUCGCCCUGACGACAACCCCAAAGCUAUCGACCGCAGGCUCACCAACUUUAAGCAGAACACCAUCCCCCUGGUCAAGUACUUCCAGGAGCGCGGCCUCAUCGUCACUCUUGAUGCAGACCGGGAUGAGGAGGAGGUCUUCUGUGACAUCAGCCAAACUUUGGACAACAAACUCUUUGCUUCUUCAGAACCUGCAGCUGGUCCCAGUGAGUUGGACUUGAGUCUGCUUGGAGAGUCCAGCAGUUCAAUAGACAUGGGCUGUAAAUACGACCAGAUGGAAGAGGAGGAGGACGAGACAUGCUAUGCUGAAGGCACCACAGACAGUUAUUGCACAGAACAGAAGAAACCAAAGGUGGUCUUCCUCAUGGGAGGUCCAGGGUCAGGGAAGUCCCUUCACAGCGAGAGACUGGAGGAGAGGUUUGGGGUGCGACGUCUGAAUGUGGGAGACCUGCUGUGCAAUGAACUACAGAGCCACAGCACCAGGGGGCGCCGCCUUCGGGAUGUGCUGGAGAGAGGAGAGCCACUGCCACAGGACUGCCUGGUGGAGCUCCUGUGUGAAGCAGUCGCCUCUUCAGUUCGGAUGGGGAGGAGUUUGGUGAUCAGUGGAUUCCCUCGAGACGUGAGGCAGGCUCAGAGCUACGCCGACAAGAUGGGAGAGCCCAGUCUGGUGCUGCUGCUGAGCUGUUCUCCUGAGACCAUGUGCCAAAGGGGGCUCCGCUGUGGGACGUCCUGCGCUGGGAUGGACCCGGACACAGAGAGAGAGAGGGAGCGGAGGAGUGACCAGUUCAUAAAGGAAAGCAGAGCGGUCACACAGCACUACGAAGACAAGAGUUUGCUCCACACGAUGGAUGCAGAGCGGUCUCCAGACGAGGUGUUUGCUCAAAUUUGUCAGGCGUUGGAAAGCGUUUUCUGAACCUGAAUGUUUCUUCUCUGGAUCAAACCAAGACUCUACAGAAGUCCAGGAUUUCAACCACAAAGGAUUCUCACCACACAAGACAACACUGCACCGUCACAUUUGCACUGGAGCGCUAUGGUACGGGUUAGUCUGGGACAGCAUGGUUUUAGUUCAUUGUUAGAAUUGCCAAAAGCGCUAAAGUACAUCUCCAUUUUUGACUGAAGAUUUAACUUUACCAAACUGUACCAAACUGUACCAAACUGUACCAUAGUGCUCCACAGUCUCUUCUCGGCUCCAGUGCUCUGCAUGCUCCUGUUGUCAAACUCAGUCUUUGUGUCGGCACAAAUGAAGCUUCACUUUUCUGCCUCGUGUUAAAGCGACUGUGGACUGAUCAUAGACUGUUUAUAUUCAUAUAUUUUACAACAUAUUGAUACUUUGCAGCUGAUGUCAUCAACAUUCCCUCGGGGUGUGAAGCUAAAUGGAGGCACUGCUCUGUCUGAAGCUCUGAUACUCAAACUAGAUUUUAGUCUGAUCUUUGCUUAGCACAAUCUGACCAUAAAGAACUAUAACAGGUGAGCUGAUUUGUGCUCUCAAAUAUCAUUACAGUCACAAGCUAGCUAGCAUUAGCCAAUCGUUUUUCAGUCACUUUCACUUGAACAUCAAACACAAAUGUGACCUCGCUCAUAUUGAUCACAGGCUCCUGAAAAUGUGUUGGUUAAAUCUCUUUGUAUUUCUUCUAGAGUUCUUAAAAACUUUUUUGGCUGUUUGUUCACAUGUGCAUUGUGUCACCAUGGAAACAUUCCAGCAUAGACAUACAUGUCGAUCCCCCCAUUGUGAUGUCACUGCAAAGUAUCAACAAAUAAAUUCUUCUUUAAACUGUCUAUUUAAUAUAUAAAGUAUAUUCAAUUCUAUAUGUACAGUCAAUUCAAAAUAUAAAUAUAUUGUAUAAAGAGUCUAUGGGACUGAAGGACUGAGCCAGAGGAAAAACCUACAGGAGAUACACAGGAUUAUGACGAUAUGACAAAGGCAUUUAUAGUGUCAUUCAGCAUCAAGUAAUUAACAAAAAUAUGUUCACAAAACUGACUCCUCUGACCUUUUAGCCAUGUUAUAAUGUUCUUACCUCUUCAAAGACAGACCUGGAGUUGUGUUUAGUUUCAUUCACACACGUUUGAGUAAUCCUGGAUUAUUAGUUUAUCUGCAUCCCUAAAGCACAAAAUGCUGUUUCACCUUGUGAUGUCAUUUAGUGGUAGUAUUAAGGUUAAUAGCUGUUCUCUUUUGCCUCAGUUGAGCUGAUUUACUCUUCAGUACUCAAGUUGUUGCUUUUAUUUUUUUUAUAUUUUUGUUGUUUUCCUUUUGUUCAGUUGAGAUUGUUAAUAGAAAGUAAUAUCUGCUGGCGCAGUGACGAGUGAAGCAGUUUCAAUAAGUCUAAAACAAGAGCUGUAACUGCAAAAGUAGACGAUUCCAGGGCUGAAAUGAUCAAAAUGAAUGUAGUGAAGACGUAUGGAGUUUAAAAACACAGUGGAGCACUUCCUGUAUUACCACUUAAUGACACCACAAACUGAAAACACUGUGUGUUUUCAGUUUGAGAAAAGAACUCAGCCUAAAUAUGCAAGAUUGAUGUGUUUAACAUUUAUGAAUGAAACAAAACACAACUCCAGGUAUGUUUGUGAGGUGGAAACAACAUUACAACUCACAAAAACAGCACAAUAUAGGCUCUUUAAAUGAAAUUGUAUUGCGAUAUAUUGUUAAAACCUGAAGCUAAACACCAUUGGAAACUCCUUUGCCUACUUUAUAGUAAUCCUGUGUAUUAUUCCCAGUCGUUGCAGAAAUUUAAGUCUCUUGUUUCUCAGAGGAGGUACAGACAGAAGUGACAAUGACAGGUUUAAAUGGUGUUUACGCUCUCCUGUGCAGCACCUGGCUCUCUCUAAUGCGCAUGCCACUACUACAAGCUCCGAACUGCACAGAUACAUGGACAUUUACUCACAAUAUAAUCACAUUUGUUUUGUUACUGUUGUACAGUCGCUUGUUUCAGUCGGGUAUUUAAAAUGUCAAUAAAAAUCAACAUUUGCAAAACACU